AUGGAGUCUAUCCGCGCCUCCCCCCUCCUCCCCCCAAUCAUCGCCCUGAACGCCUGGACCCUCGUCGUCGAAGGCUGGAUGUUCGCGACGCGCCUCCCCGUCUACGCGCGCCUCAACCUCGCCGAGAAGAACACCCUCACGCGCGAGGAGAUCAACAAGAUCAUCCCCGCCUCCGUGCGCUGGAAGGCCGAGAACUUCUCCAACCUGUUCGAGCAGCCCACGCAGUUCUACGCCGUGGCGGUGGUACUGGCGAUGGCGGGCGGUGGGAAGACUGAUGCCCGCCUCGCGUGGGCCUAUGUCGCAGCUAGGGUCGCGCAUAGUCUGGCGCAUAAUACUACCAAUAAUAUUACGAGGCGCUUUGGGUUUUAUUUGAUUUCGUCGGGGUUGGUGGCUGCUUUGACGGGGAGGGCGGCGCUGUUGCUGGCGGCUUGA